AUGUCACACUGGAGCCCUGGAGGUUCGCAUCCCACUGAGUCUGUCUCAAGCGUUGCAGCUGAACCAUAUCGCAUACCAACUGUGGAAGGGGGUGACACCACCCGCGGAACGCAGUUGGGCAUGCAGGAGCCUCUGUCGUUCUACGGUAAUGUUCACGUUUCAGAUCCAAUGCCAGUAGCAGAAGUCCCUAUGUGGAUAUGGUCCUCCUCGACCGUCAUCUGUGUACUGUUGCUGCUGCUGUGGGCCCUGCACCAACGGCGGUUUUCUUUGGUAGCCGCACAACUACGGCUGAUUGAACGCCGCUGUUUCAGCCCCCCCGCUGCACUCUAUAUGAGCCUCGUAUACUCCUUCUUUCCUCUCUCUGGAGCAAUCGCUUGGCUCUCCCUCUUGGAGCCCCGUGUGGGUUUGCUGCUGUCACAGCUUCGGUCGGCAUGGGAAGUUUGCUGCUUGCAUUGUUUCAUGCUGUUAAUGCUGCACCUGAUGGGUGGCCCGGAGACAACACUGCUUUUAAUACAGCAGCAACACUCUCUGCCUCCACCUGAAAAUCGCGAUAAAGCUCAUGGCGAUACAAAGCAGGUUUUCAUUUCGACGGGUGUUGACUGGGAUGAAAAAGCAAAUAGUAAAGAAUUCCCCUCUCCUCUGCCACCAAAUCAAAUAGAUGAGCAACACAAAGAAGACUUAUGUGAGAUAGGAAUGCACUAUGAUCGUAGACUAAUGGAUGCUCGACGCCUCAGGCAACAGGACAGCAAAAGCAGCAGCAGCACAAGCAGCAGCAACAGCAACAGCAACAGCAACACCAAUCAACUAACCAGCAUACCCCCCAGUAAAUUCAGUGCAACAAAAUUUUAUCGACGUGGCGUCUCUGCCCCAAAUCUGCUGUUUCCAGUAGCAGACCUGCCAACAGCAGUAGCAGCAUCAGCAGCAGCAGCACGAAUACCACCAACAACGGAAACAGAACCAGCAGCGGAACAGCAGUAG